AUGCGCCUCAUAGAAGCGAAAACCCUCAAAGUGGUGGAAUUCAUGGACAGCAAAAUCCCGAAAUAUGCCAUCCUCUCUCACGUCUGGUCGCUACACGAGAUUACUUUUCAGGACAUGCAGAAAUUGAGUCCUGAUGAAAGGAACCUUCUGAUGUCUGAUUUGGACACAGGUGAAGCAGCCUAUUCCAACACGCAAUUUUCCCCUGGGUUGCUUGAUAGCGGCUACGCCAAAAUCAAGUACUCCUGCAAACGAGCACGUCACGAAAGGAUCAACUAUGUUUGGAUCGAUACCUGCUGUAUCGAUAAGACAAGCAGUGCAGAGCUGUCCGAGGCAAUUAACUCCAUGAUGAGGUGGUAUGAACUGUCUGAAGUUUGCUAUGCCUAUCUGGCAGAUGUACCUCCACUGGAAGAACUUGAUCGAGAACGGUCUUUAUUCUCAAAAAGCCGGUGGUUUGACCGUGGAUGGACUUUACAAGAGCUUAUUGCCCCCGAGAAACUUUUCUUUUUAGCGCAAGAUUGGACCACUUUAUUUUCUCGAGAAACGGUAUCGAGUCUUGUUAGUCACAAGACUCGGAUUGCCAUGUCGUUCCUCACAGAAAGACAACAAGCAACGACCAGUCUGCGGAGCUCUUUGAGCUCAGUCAGUAUUGCUACGCGAAUGAGUUGGGCAUCCGAGCGGAAGACUAGCCGGCAGGAGGACAGGGCCUACUCUCUGCUUGGCAUAUUCGGAAUCAAUAUGCCACUGCUUUAUGGUGAAGGGACAGGUGCAUUUAUACGCUUGCAGGAAGAAAUUGUCAAGCAUUCCGAUGACCAAUCCUUAUUUGCAUGGAAUUGGAAUGAGAAGUACCUUGAUUCGAGUCCUGAUCACAGCUCAUCUGGGUGGCUCUCUGCAUAUGACUCCGAAAGUAGCUCCGAAAAUGGCUCUGAGGAUGGCUCCGGAUGGGUCUCCGAACAUGGCUCAGAAGACGGGUUGCAAUAUGGAUCUGAACAUGAAUCUGAACAGAACCAGCUGAUACAUCCUCUAUUGCCAUCUUUUGAUACAUUCAAGUCACGGAGUUUCAAGAAUAUCUCAACCUGUGGGAUCCUCGCUGACUCCCCUGCGGCAUUCUUGGAUUGCGGUGAUUAUAUUCCCUGCAGUGUGGGCGGCCAGACUCCUGCCUAUUCUAUCACAAAUAAGGGCCUCGACAUGGAGAUUCCACUCCUAUCAUGUGACGGUUACUCAUUUAUUCUCUUGCAAUGCCAGACUAGACACCAUCCCACUAUUCUUCUCGCACUUCCAGUGAAAUGUAUACGAGAAAACAUCUAUAUCCGCAUCCAGGCGCCGAUGUAUUCAGCUGGACAUCAAUCCUGGUCAGAAUGGCCACGAACACACAUCUACCUACUUCUCAAUUCCGACACAAUCACCUAUGAUGGCGAUAUCCCCGACUAUACGGUCAUCCUCGGGCAUACUCCACCCCAUCUGAAACUUGUCGGUGUCACAUCUCGCCAUCAACGAAACCUUGAUCAAAUGAUUUUGAUGAAAGGGGAUAUAACUUCGAUGUUUAACAUUCGACCUGCAAUAGUCUUCCUAUGGUUCGAGGACAUCAGUGACAAUUCACAAAUUGCCUUGGGCUUGAAGCUUGAGGUCGUGUUUACCCUCGAUACCCACCCCAAGAGAGCAAGAAUCUACCCGUACAAGACCUGGAGCGCUGGAUGGGACGUUGGUCUGACGGUCCUCAAAUCGAUUGCCCUGAGGGUUCGGUUCCGUACUCAUUCAAAGUCACCGCAGAAGACUUUUUUGGAAGAUUUCUCUUCAGCAUAG